GAUCACCCUGUGGCUAAACAUGCCUUGGUGCACGGCCAGCACAUCUUGGCACAGUGUUACACCGUCCGGGUUAUCUGGAUACUUCCCACCAACACCAACCUAUCCGAACUCCGGAGAUGGGAACUUGCUCUUCAAUAUAUCCUCUCUUCCCAUUAUCCACCAGGCCUCAAUCUCCGCUAAUUUCAAGUUGCCGCCACUCAUACCUCACCUGUCAUUCGACAACAUCUUUGCCUCUGCACUUCUGCCUCGACUGACAUCUCUGCCCAAACUCUUUGUCUUUAAAUAUGUCUGCUUGUGUCUGUAUAUGUGUGGAUGGAUAUGUGUGUGUGUGCGAGUGUGUACCCGUCCUUUUUUCCCCCUAAGGUAAGUCUUUCCGCUCCCGGGAUUGGAAUGACUCCUUACCCUCUCCCUUAAAACCCACAUCCUUUCGUCUUUCCCUCUCCUUCCCUCUUUCCUGAUGAGGCAACAGUUUGUUGCGAAAGCUUGAAUUUUGUGUGUAUAUUUGUGUUUGUUUGUGUGUCUAUCGACCUGCCAGCGCUUUUGUUUGGUAAGU